AAGCCCUUCUGUGUGCCUGCCCCUGCGCGCUGACCUCUUGCCUUACUAAUUUCCUGCCUAACUACAGAUGGAAGCUACCUACCCCCCUCCUUAUCACUCCUCUUCUUCUCCCCUCUCCUUGCUCAUUUCUUCCUGCUUUAUGCACCUUCAUCUCCAGGUUCACCAACUCACCGGUUGGUCAUCCGGAUCGGCCAUCCAUCCUUCAUCGCCAACCUCGAACAUGCCGGCAAGAUCGGACUGUUUAUUACCUAGACAAAGCGCAUCCACAGCGUGAUAUUUCCAGACCACUACCGCUUGCUUUGGUUGACCAACAUUGGGCGGCUUCCACACCCCCAUAUAUAUCCCAUCUUUUCCCUCGACCAAACCGUGAAUUCGCGGUCCCUGCUUCAACCUGAUCACCACGAAAUCAGUAUCCAUUGAGUUUCGCCAUCAUGCCUCCAAAGAAAAAGUCCCAAGGGCAGUCUCGACAACACCAAUCAGACUGGGAAGCCAACCCCGAAAACCUAGCAGCAUUUGUCGACUAUGUUCGAUCCAUUGGACUUGAUCCCGCCGUUUCCACUACUGAUGCCGAACUGGACUUGGAGGUUCGACCUGCAAAGCGCGCGAAACUUUCACGGGGCGUAUUCAAGCCUAGCGAUGCCGUCUGUAUCGACGAGCACACAGUCGCCCUCCCUGCCCGUGAGACGGCGGCCAUUCCCAAAUAUUUUGCCCUCCACAAGCAAAACAUUGGAGACUACGUAGAUGUUUGGGUGGUGAACGCCAAACCCGACCGUCGUGAUCCAGAACGUGGCACUUGGUACUUGCAUCUUGCUCCUCGCAAAAACGGCGGUCGCGCAAACAAAAACAAGGGCGCCCAUAUCUGCUAUGUCCUCAAGACAAGGACAAUCUCUCGAAGACUUGCUCUCAUGGCCCGUGUUGCUAAGACGCAAUCAUUUGACCCUGGGUCCAAGGGCUAUCUUUGGACAGCUGUGGAUAUCGCCAUCCGUCAAGAAGGAGCAUCUGUCAAAAUCGAUGUCACUCUCAGACUAAUGUGGAACACUAGUACAGAUGUGUACCAGUCCAAGGUUCAGCAGGGGCUGAAAACCCAGGUGCUGAUGGUGUAUUACCCGAAUCUACUUGUUUCAGCACAGGAGACCAUAGCAUGGUCUCCACAGCAUUUCUACGAAGCAGCGCAUACCCCAAAGCCCAAUAUUUCCGACGGACAUCUCGCGACAGCAAAGAUCCCCAGUCUGGAGGCGGACCUUUAUCCUUUCCAGCGAAGGGCUGUCAAGUGGCUUCUACAGCGUGAAGGUGUCGAAUGGAGCGGCCUUCUUCAACCCGAUGGCCAACCUUUGGUUCAACCCUCUGAGAGUGGGGAUGCGUCUCUUCUCCCUGCCUUCUUCCACCAGGUUAAAAAUCCCAAUGGCGAUACGUUUUAUAUCAGCCCGUUAUUUGGCAUAGCGGCAAAAGACAUCACGAAGCUCCCGUCUAAUGACAUGGUCAAAGGUGGUAUUCUGGCUGAGGAAAUGGGUCUUGGAAAAACCGUCGAAGUGAUUGCUCUCACGUUGCUUCACAAACGCCCACCAGGCCCAACAGUGGUAUAUGACCCUUUCCUUGGCCGCGAGCUCCAAACAACAGGAACGACCCUGAUAAUAACGCCUUUACCUCUUCUCGAUCAAUGGCUUUCCGAACUGAACCGCCACGCACCGACUCUCAAGGUGGUUUACUAUCCAGGGCUGAAAAAGGCGGCCAAGAUGAAGGGUGUAGACCUCUCGUCCAAGCAAUUGGCUCAGCAGGAUGUGGUCAUCACCACUUAUGAAGUUCUCCGGACCGAGAUCUGGUCAGCCGUCGAUCGUCCCGAACGAUCCAUGCGCGGAGAAAAGCAAUAUGAGCGCCAAACCUCUCCCCUCGUCGAACUUGGGUGGUGGCGCGUCUGCAUUGACGAGGCCCAAAUGGUGGAAAACUGGACCAGCAACACUGCAGUACUUGCAAGACGCAUUCCCCGCGUCCAUGCUUGGGCAAUCACUGGUACUCCGGUGAAGGAUGACAUUCAGAAAGAUCUACGAGGCCUUCUGAACUUCCUCCGAGUUGAGCCAUAUGCCUCGGAUAAAGACGCUUGGAAAGCCUUAAUGUCCGACAAGGCGCGCUUCAAGGGCCUGUUCGGCUCCAUCACAAUGCGGCACACGAAGAGUAUGGUUAGAGGCGAAAUAUCGAUUCCGCCCCAAAAACGACAUGUGAUCACGAUGCCCUUCAGCGCCGUGGAGGAACAGCAUUACCGGACUGUAUUCAGCGAGCUCGUCAACAACUGCGGCUUGGACGUUGAGGGAAACCCGAUCCAGGAAGACUGGGAUCCCGACGAUCCUGUCACACAACAGGGCAUGCGGACUGCCCUCGAUCGGCUGCGCCAAUUGACCCUCCACCCUGAAGUGGGAAACCGAAACCGCAAAGCUUUAGGGAAAAGGUCCGGCCGCCCUAUGCGAACAGUGGCCGAGGUCCUUGAUGCAAUGCUAGAGCAGAGCGACGGUGCCAUUAGGAGUGAUCAACGUAGUCUCCUGCUCAUGCAGCUCAAAAGAGGACAAAUUCUGGCUGGAAUGGACCGCGUCCAGGAUGCACUAACUAUCUGGGAGGAUGUACGCGCGAAAAGUAUAGAGAUGGUAGCAGGAUGCCGGAAACAGCUUGAAGCGAAGCUUGCAAAAGCCCCUGAGGUACCGUCAGGUGCAGAGAAAGAUAGCGAGUCGGAUGAGGAGGAGGAUACCUUAUCAGGUGCUAAAGAUGCCCGCCGUCGACUGAGACACGCCCUCGAAGUUCAGCACAUGGCCGUGUUUUUGUGCGCAAAUGGAUACUACUCGAUCAAGUCGGACGACAAGUUGACUGUUCCGGACUCAGAUGAGUUCAAGCGGCUGGACAAAAUGGAAUCCGAAGGCUACGACCUGGCGAAGGCUAUCAGGAAGGAAAUCCUGCAAGAGAGUUACGGCAAGGCGAGGAAGCUGAUGGACAAGCUUGACGAAUGUCGCGAGAAGCAAGACUUUGCGGUCAUCCCAGCAGUUGAUAUACCCGAAGAAAGUGGCGUCGAGAGUAGCAAUAUCGUCAUCGCUCUCGAGGGUAUAUACGAGGCCCUUGACCGGCAGGCCGAGAAGCUCGACGAAUGGAGAGAGCAUGUCAUCCAACUUCUGCUCAGGCCGUUGGUGGAUGAGGACAAUACCGAUGUUGAAGCCACAGGCCAGGAGUACGAGGAAUCAACAAAGCUUCAGGAUGAGAUACUGGCAUACGUACAGGUUUUGAAGGCCGCUAUCGCCGACCAACAAGCCGUAAUAUCUGGGCAACGAAACGGCCUGAUCGAACACGAAGUUGGGGUGGUGCUCAAAAUGGCACGCGAUGAUAUGGAAGUCGAAGAAGGCCAGGAGCCUCCCGAAUCGGCCAAGCGGAUCCUCGAGCUCUUUGCCUUUCGCGAAAGUAUCAAGCCGAAAUUCAAGGAAAGUGAUGGCCACACAUCCUUGAGGGGCAUUAUCUCGAAGCUUCGAGCUAUGAUGACAGAUUUACGGCAUCAGGAAGCGAGUGGGAGCAAAAGAGCAAAACUGGAGCUUGCUUUGGCAGAGCGCUUGUUAAAGUCAACUCAGGCUCAACAUACGGACCAAGGCAAAGCAGCGACCGCCAUGGAACAAGAGGUGGAGAACUUCACUGAUAUCUUGAACGCACGUCUUGAUUUCUACCGGCAACUGCAGCAGGUUUCGGAUUCGGUAGAGGAGUACACAGGGCCCACGAAUGAAGAAGCCCUGCAGAGGGCCGUCAGCGAGGAAGAAAGGUUGAAGACGAAACUGGCUACAGCAGAGUCGAAGCAUCGUUACUUGCUUCACCUCAAACAAGCCGAUGCCUCCUCCGACGAGGAACGAAUGUGUGUCAUCUGCCAGUCUCCAUUCUCCAUCGGCGUCUUGACAGUCUGCGGCCAUCAGUUCUGCAAAGAGUGCAUCACAAUGUGGUUCGCAGCUCACCACAACUGCCCGGUCUGCAAGCGCUCUCUCAACCGCUCCAACCUUCAUGACAUCACCUACAAACCUCAAGAGCUCAAAGUCCACUCGGAAGGCCAUACACGAGGAGACUCCUCCAAUAAGCAGCUAGCCCACCGCGAACAACCAACAUCCCCGUCAAAGUCCAAGAAACACUCAGCCAAAAUCUACACCGAAUUCAACCCCUCCAAACUCGCCGAGAUCCAAAACAUUGACCUAGAAAACGGUCCCCACUACACCACCAAAGCCGACACCUUAAUCCGCCACCUCCUCUGGCUGCGGCAAUCCGACCCCGGCGCCAAGUCCAUCGUCUUCUCGCAGUACCAGGACUUCCUCUACGUCUUAGCCCAGGCCUUUGAACGCUACCGCAUCGGCUACUCCUCAUUCGACCGCGGCGCUGUGUCCAGCGUCGCCUCCUUCCGCGAAGACCCCUCCAUCGAAGUCUUUUUGCUGCACGCGCGUGCGCACGCGAGCGGGUUGAACCUGGUCAACGCCAGCCAUGUGUUCCUGUGCGAGCCGCUGCUGAACACGGCGCUGGAGCUGCAGGCUAUUGCGCGCGUGGAUAGGAUUGGUCAGAAGCAGGAGACGACGGUGUGGUUGUAUAUUGUGGAUGGGACCGUGGAGCAGAAUGUUUAUGAGUUGAGUGUGAAGAGGCGGUUGGAGCAUAUGGAGCAUCGGAAGGUGACUACUACUACUACGUCCUCGAUAAGAACGAAGGGAAAGAGCAAGGAGAAGGAGUCCGAGAUGCUAGAAGAAAUCAGCAGCCUCGACGCGGCCAACGCGCAAGAAAUGCAGCAAGCGCACUUGAGUAAACUUAUGGGUAAAGGAUCGGAUGGAGUGGUGGGUGAGGCGGUGGAUCAAAAUGAUUUGUGGACUUGUCUGUUUGGAAGUGCCAAGCCUGCAGAACGGGCACCACCGACAACUGGUGGUGGUGGUGGUAAUGAUGAGGAGGCGGAGAGGUUGUUGGUGGAGAAUCCGGUGACGAGGGGGUUCUUGGCUGGGGAGGCGGCGGAGGAGAGGAGUAGGAGGAGAAGGGAUGGUGAAGCUUCAGGUUGAAGAGGAGGAGAUGGAAGUGAAUGAAGAGCUGGAGUAACGCGUUGAGUGAUAUAUACCCCUGGUUUGCGGCCCAUGAUGAUGGUUCUAUGGUCCGGGUGUGUAGUUGGGUUGGGUUUAUGGUUAGCUACACACUGCACUAGUCUAUCUGGUCAUUUGAGAGGCUACUAUGCCAAGGCCAGAGAAUAAUAAGAUUCAUCCAUCUCAUGGAAAUGAAAAUCAACAGGUUGCAACCGUCGUAUAUAUAUCGUUCCUUGUAUAUAUUAGAUGGGUUUCCCUUCCUUGAUAUGACAUUACUUAUAUCUCAUCUUGGAUAACCUCAUCUUGCAAAUUUCUACUCGGCGGGGACAUAGAAAUAAGUGUAGUAAGGACGUAAGUCUAUAUGUUGAAAGACGAGUGUG